GAAAAUCACAACCACAACCUCAAACUCCUACUCACACUAUAUAGCGUUCCCUGCUUUGUGUUGUGUCAGUUAAGGGAAAAUGGGCGCUUCAGGGAUUAUCUUCUUGACCACACAUUUGUGCUCACCUUCCAAUUCUAUUUCCUUCCUUAGCCCAUGUCCACGGCCACUUCUCCCUCAACUUCGGACUUCGUCACGUGCUCUUCCUCUUACCCGAAUUCGCUCCUCAGUUUCAUCUUCUUCUGCUACUACUACCACUACUUCAGAGCUUACCCCAGAUAAACUUCCGACAAUUGAUUCUUCUGUAACUGGUGGUGCAUAUGAUUUCGAAAAAGCAACAACAUCACUAACGAAUGAGUUAAUCUCUUCACCAAAGAAAGUGAUUCUUUUAAGGCACGGUCUUAGCACUUGGAAUGCAGAAAGUAGGAUUCAGGGAAGCUCAGAUUUGUCUGUAUUAACUGAAGUUGGAAAAGAGCAAGCAGAAAGGUGCAAGAAAGCCUUGGAAAAUAUAUACUUUGACCAGUGUUUUGCAAGUCCAAUCUCUCGUGCCAAGCAAACUGCUGAAAUUGUAUGGCGAGGCAGGGAAAAGCCAUUGGUUUAUCUUGAUUCUCUCCGAGAGAUACCUCUAUAUCACCUUGAAGGCAUGACAAAUGUGGAUGCUAAGCGAAUAUAUCCCAAAGAGUAUACAAUUUGGAGAGAAGAUCCAGCCAAUUUCGUCAUGAAUGGUAGAUAUCCUGCACGAGAUCUCUGGAUAACUGCGAGAGAUUGUUGGAAGGAAAUGUUGUUGUCGCCUGGUGAAAGUUUUCUGGUUGUGACUCACAAAUCUAUAUUGAGGGCAUUAAUCUGCACUGCUUUAGGCCUUACCCCAGAGAGGUUUCGUUCAAUUGAUAUCAACAAUGGCGGAUUAUGUGUCUUCAACUUCAAUGUCAGAGGAGAAGCUAUGCUUAAGGGUUUAAAUAUGACAGCUCACAUGUACAGUGAUCAUGUCUAUCCUGGUUAGUUCAACCUACAUGCGAAAACAACACUUGCCAUUUUUAUCGGUAACUGGAAUGUACCAUGGAACAACAACAGUGAAGAUCUGAUGUGGAAUUUUUAGUUUUAAUUAUCUGAAAUUCCGAAUCUUUGGCAAGUGGGUGGAUCCAACCAGAAAGCAGGUUGAUUUUAUAGUAGGGGGUUUGAAUUUUCACACAGCCCUCUCUCCCUUUGAUAUAUAGACAUAUAGGAAUGGAACUUGAAGUAUAAUUUGAGAAAACUAAUUACGCGAUUUCCAACCUUCGUUGUAUGUAUGGAGUCUAUUCAAUCUCCUCAUUUUUCAAUAAAUAUUAUCUGAUGUCACGAUGUGCAAAUCUAGGGAACUCAUCAUUUUUUACGAGGAGUACUGUUUAAUGCUC